AUGAGUUCAGUUGUCUACCAAAGGGUCUUUGAAAUCCGCGGACUCCUCAUCGAUUUCUUCAACUUUGGCUACAUCAAGUAUAAUCAAGACACGGAGGUUGUCGAAGCCUCGCCUGCGACUACCAGCAGAGAAAUAUGCCGCUUCCUGAAGGAGCGCAAUCGUUUCCUACCGGCUGGUCAUUGUGGUGAGGUGGGCAUGGGAGGGUUUCUUCUGCAGGGCGGCAUGGGUUAUCCCGUGCGGACGUUCGGCCCCACGUGUCGCUUCGUCGUCGGAGUCGAUGUCGUAACCGCCACAGGAGAGUUUUACACUGUGACAAAGAUAAUAACGCCGAUCUGUAUUGGGCAGCACGCGGAUCCUGCCUUAGACCCACUCGUCGAGCCCUUCGCUCACAUCUCCAGCCUUGCCACCGAAGGCUAUGUGAUACUCAUAGGCCUCCAAUCAUUGGCUUCGACAGACGAACAAGCCAAGCAGAACCUAGAAAUCGUCUCCGAGACGCACCCGACUGGGUCUCUCCUCCAAGCUCAAGAGAUGGAGAAGACUGACUCCGACAAAUGCUACGACCUCGCCGAAACACCCGAAGCAUAUUCCAAACCCCGCCGCUGGAUCACCUUGAACAGCUUCCUGGAGAACUCCGUCGACGUCGUCACCACAAUCCGCAAACGCGCCACUUCCUUGCCAGCCGAAGGCAUCAUGGUCUGGUACCCGGUCUACCCAGCCAGUCAUGAGACUUACGAAGACAUGGCCUGGUCGGUGAGUUCCGACCACUACGUCGCGUGGUAUGCUUCAUAUACUAAUCCUGAAGAAGAUCCCUUUCAUAAGAAGUGGGUGCAUGAUAUUGAGGAGGAGUUGGAUCCGUAUACUGUUGGCUCGUGUCUCGGGGAUGCUGACUUUGCACUGAGGCCGACGAAGUAUUGGAGUGAGGACGCGGGAAAGAGGUUGAUGGAUGUUAGGAAGAAGUGGGAUCCGAAGGGAAGGAUUGCCGGGUUCAUGGAUGCUGAAGAUACGAGUGGAGCGGAGGGACUGUCGAAUAUGAAGGCGACGGGCAAGUUUGAAACGAAGUUGGCUUGA